AAACGUGAGCCCAGUAGGCCAAUUUUACUUUACUUGUAACAUCAUAGAAUCGAAAUAACUUGUUAAAUAAAUAGUUUUGUUGAGCUGCUGUUUAAGGGAUUACUCUCCUCUGUUGUUUAUCAUCUAAAGCACAAUGGCAAAAGUUGGAAUCAAUGGGUUUGGACGUAUUGGCCGAUUGGUUCUCCGUUCCUGUUUGGACAAAGGAGUUGAAGUUGUAGCUGUUAAUGAUCCUUUUAUUGAUGUCAAUUACAUGGUUUACAUGUUCAAGUACGACUCUACACAUGGUCGAUACAAGGGUGAGAUCCGAGCAGAGGGAGGAAUGCUGAUUGUUGGUGGACAAAAAAUCCAUGUUUUCCAAGAGAUGAAACCUAGUGCUAUUCCAUGGGGCAAAGUUGGUGCUGAGUAUGUUGUGGAAUCAACUGGAGUUUUCACUACAAUUGACAAAGCAAAACCACAUAUUGAAGGUGGAGCUAAGAAAGUUGUCAUCUCUGCCCCUUCUGCUGAUGCUCCCAUGUUUGUCAUGGGUGUGAACCAUGAGAAAUAUGAUCCAUCUAUGGAAAUUAUCAGCAAUGCCUCUUGCACCACCAACUGUUUAGCACCCCUUGCUAAGGUCAUAAAUGACAAUUUUGGAAUUGUUGAAGGUCUUAUGACCACAGUUCAUGCUGUUACUGCCACUCAGAAGACUGUUGAUGGACCAAGCUCUAAGGCAUGGAGAGAUGGACGUGGGGCCAAUCAAAACAUUAUUCCUGCUUCAACAGGUGCAGCAAAAGCUGUUGGUAAGGUCAUUCCAGAUUUGAAUGGAAAGCUGACUGGUAUGGCUUUUCGUGUCCCUGUUCCUGAUGUUUCUGUUGUAGACUUGACUUGUCGACUGGCCAAGGAAGCUUCAUAUGAUGACAUUAAAGCUGCAGUAAAGGCUGCAUCAGAGAGUGAUCAUUGGAAAGGAAUUUUGGGAUACACAGAAGAUUCAGUUGUGUCAUCUGAUUUUAUUGGUGAUUCUCAUAGUAGUAUCUUUGAUGCCAGGGCUGGAAUUUCUCUGAAUAAAAAUUUUGUGAAGCUAGUUUCAUGGUAUGACAAUGAAUAUGGAUACAGCUGCAGAGUGGCUGAUCUGAUCAAGUAUAUAUACAGCAGGGCAUAAUAUCAUAUGGGCUCUCAGCAAUGUGAAGAUUCUCACAAUUGGAUAAAAGAUCACACACUUUUACUUGUUUUUGUGGUAGUGGUACCUCAGGAUUGUCUUGUUAACUUAAUGUGAUGCUCUGUAGGUUUUCUGGUACUUCAUUAUUUCAGCAUCUGUUAAGAAUUGUCAGCGUCCUAUCUAUAUUCAGUGGUAUCAUUGUUCUGUGCUAGUCAUAAGAUUAAUUAGUCUACUUCAAAUCUAUUAAUAUUUUAAAUAUUUGUCUUAGUUGUGCUUUUCCCUGAUGUUCUGUAGAAGGUUAAAGCUGGUCAACAAUAAUGUAUCUUGGUGUUCCAAGGAGUAAUAAAGUUAACGCAAUCCUCGA